CAUGAUGUCUAAAGAGUGAGGUGCAUGUUUGAGACGGUGUGGGUGAAAUAGAGUCUCUUCAAGCCAAACCUGAUCAGAAGUACACCAUGGCCUGUGCAGAUGUCGAUAUGGAAAUCCAGGGAGAAGAAAUGGAGCCCCUCAGAGCUGGGAGGAGAGAGGCACCAAUAGUGCGACAUUACCAAGCCUCAGAGUUGUUGCCACAACCCAAAGGACCGCUGCAUGAUCUGCUGAAGAAACAGCCUGCUGUGCUGGGGUCUCUGCAGAUGAUGAGCGGUCUCCUUAGUGUUGGAGUGGGAUUUAUUUUUGCCACAACUCAGGAUAUGAGCCAGUCUCUGUGCACCCUGUUCAGAGUUUCCCACCUGACUGGAGCACUUUUCAUUUUCGCUGGUGUUGUUUCCAGCCUGUUGUCCAGAUUCCCAGAACUGCUGCAAACAUCCCUCAGGGUUAACUGUGGCUGCAUUAUCGUAGCUGUAACCGCAGCUUGUCUGAUCAGCGUCGACCUGGCUCAGUGGAAUCAACAAAAUGAUCAGCACCUCAAGAUGGAGAUGUUGGAGCUGUGUGUGCUGGGCCUUGAGGUUUUGCUCUCUGUCAUCCUCUGCUUCUGGUUCUUAAAAGAAAAACGUGCCAAAUCUCAAUAAUCAAACUGUUGACUGAAAUAUCUGAGAACACUUUUGUGUUUGUAUGUACAGUAAAGGAUCAGGCAGAUGUAUGCUACAAUGAGUAUUUUUUAUGCUGUUAUGUGUGUAAAAUGUGGCUUUCCACUUCAUCUAGAUUGCCUAUAUUGAUGUCAAAAAUACUGCUGCACUGCACAGGCCGUGGUCUGUGUUUAAUCUAUGACACGGACUUAGAGCAAUGGGGACUUGUGGUGAACAAAUGUCAGCUUUUCGCAUGUGAAAGAAAAACCACUUCUUCUUCCUCCGUUUCUGGUGUCAAACGAUAACAGUCACGUAGUGUUGAUUAGUGUGCAGAGAGGUAGGGUCUGUGUGUGUGGUUUUACACUCAUGAGUGGUUAUCAGUGGAAAUAUCUGAAAAUUCUUCUCAGCUGCUUUCACAUGCAGCAAGCUUCACUUUAAACCUCACUGACUGGAAAUACUUUGAAUGUGGAAAAAGAAUGAAAGAACAUGUUUUGACCAUUUUUAAUCAUCUGUACAAAUUUGAAACAACAACGUGCUGACAAAAAACAUAUAAAGGUACAAGAAGUCUGACUUUAUCUGCCUGCUAAUGUUUUUUCAUGUUUGUUCCGUAAAAUACACAAUAAAAAACUCAUCUACAAUAUAAACAAAGAUUUAUACCUACAACAGUUCAUUAAAACAAAUUUACAGAGCAUUGACGUACCAUCAUGUUUAUGUGUACAAUUUUAAAUGUAUAGAAACAAAUGUCAUGUCUAUUGUGCUUCUUCCAUUAAAUUCUUAGUGCUUGGACACUGGACUCCUUUGUU